AUGGCGCUGAGGUCGACCCUCGUGGACAAUUCUGAAGUUGGCCACCGCCCACAACCUCUUCUCGCUUCAGUUACUCAUUCCCCUCCGAGUCACCUCUCCGAUGGGUAUUUUCCAGGUAACUCUUGGCCCUCUUCUGCUGGGCAUCUUUUGUGGGGAAUUUUUCCUACCGCUGAGGAGCCGCGAUAUGUGCUGACUUUUCCUUGGGUCCGCAGGUCAACGCCUAUCUCUAUGGGGUACUUACAUUCCGAUAUGCAUCAUAUUACAAUACUGCAUUCAACGACGCAUUAUGGAUUCGGUCGGUGUCCGGUUUAA